CAUUUCCAUCCCGACUUCUUUCUCAUUCGCAUGUCCAUCAUUCUUCCAGGCAUCAUGCGAGGAUCUACUGCUAGCUUUCGAUCUUGGACCCCAACCUUACAUCCUGGAAUCGCAAAAAAAAACACCGAACUUACUCGCCCAUGAUUCAACUACGAAAGUAAAAUAAACAUGCGCCCUUCAUCACUGCCCACAUCUUGCUCGCACUCGCCGUCGCAGUCGCAUUCACAUCGGUGCCAUCCAUAACCGGAACGGAUACGGAAUCAUCAUUAAGAAGGGCAACAAAGACGGACCCCAACAUGGACCGCAACAUGGACCCGGAUGUCGACAUGAUGGACAUAGACGAUGACUUCUCCGACGACGAAUUAGAUGCUUAUUUCCAGGCGCAUGGAUUGGAUGAAGAGCUGGGACCGUAUCGACGGGUUUCAUCACAGCAUCGACCACAGGAGCGAGUGGAGCAGCAAUGGCAACCACCGCCGCCAUCGGCACAACGGGAAUUUGAAUCAUCCGACUUGGAACAGAACUACAGGGGAGGGAACUCCAGAUGGAAACGGAAGGGCAAAGCCGACCGAGGGGAAACUGCUGCUGUUGAUGACGAACUAGAACUAGACACCUACUUCCAAGCCCACGGCCUCUCCGAAGAUCUAGAACCGUACCAACCGGAAGAUGAUCGUCCUCCUCCUUCUUACCAACCCCGACCACAACGUCAGCCUCCUCGCAGCUCAGGACUGAAGAACUCCAGGUGGAAAGGAAAGGGGAAUGCGGUUGGACAUGGAAACGCGGCUGGGCUAGGGAAUCCCGCUGGGUUUGGGAGAGGGGAUGUGCUAGGGAGAGACGGUGGUGCGAGAGAUGGUGGGAAAGGGAAGGUUCAAGCUUGGCUACUGGAUGAAGGGGAUAAGGAUGGGGAUGAUGAUGAUGAAAGGGAUGGGGAAGCAGUCUACCUCUACCCAGGCGCACCACCAGGCAAAUCAGGCCGACCUCAAAGAGUGAUCAGCCCGAGUCCCAGCCCCGACCCAACUCUUGGCUCCAGUCCACCAGUUCUAUCCGGUCUCAGCAUCCACAACAAGGACAACGAUGACACUGCCCCCCCUGGUAACAAGAAAACCGCUGCCAGCCAAACGAGGGAGGAAGAAGGCCAAGGAGAAGCCGCUCCUAUUGAUGACCCCUACGACUCAGAAGUCUCCAUCGCCGCCCGCCCCAUCGUCUCGCACGAUCCUGACUACCCUAAUCGCCCAAUUGAUUCGGACGUCAAGGCUGCGCGGGGGGUUAUCCGUCAUGUGCUUGUGAGUGAGAAGUUUCCCGAGGUUUGGCCGGACCCGGAGGCGGAGGCGGAGGCGGAGGAGGAGGUGGAGGGGCAACAAAAGGCGGCCGAGAGCGGAAAGGUGGUGGUUGAGGGGGUGAAGGUGGUUGAAGGGCAGAAGAAUGGCCCGGAGAAGGAGAAAGAGAGUAAGCAGGGGAAGCAGUUGGGCCAGAAAGCCUUGGAGAAAGAGAAGGAGAAGAAAGGAGCGGAUAACUCUAAAGAAGAGUAUACGGAGAAGAAGAAGGAAGUGGUGAUUCCGAAGGGGGUGGUGAUGCUCGUAAGGGGUAUCCAAUUCCUCAAGAUGCCUCCUGAUACUCCGAGUGGGUCGGAAGUUGAAGUUUGUUCGCAGUAUGGAUACGAGGGUGAUUCACAGCAGCGUGGGAGUAGUACUCCCCCUUCAGAGUUUUGGAGUGAUGAGGAACUUCGUGCACAUGGCAACGAAGGUCAGAAGCACGAAAGAGUGCGAGACGACGACGACGACAGUGAGCACAGCGUUGAAAGACCUUGGAAGGAACUACCUCAACAAGAAAUACAAGAAACAGAUCUCUCGGCAUCCAACAGCCAACCCUCCUCCACCAACAACGACUCCGACAUCCCCAUGACCAACGCCGACUACCUGCCCCCACCAUCCAGCCAAAUCCCACCGCCACAUAGCCAACCACAUAGGCAAUCCCAAUCCCAAGUCCAAUCCUCCAUAUCCCUUAAACGCACCUGGUCCCAACGCCAGGACCACGACCACCCCUCAUCCCCCUCAUCCCCUUCAGACCCAGACCCAGACCCCUAUCACGAUGACCUCUACAACCAAAACCUCCCUCCGCCACUGCGACCUCCCAGUUCCUCUUCUUCCUUACCCUCCCAACCGCCCACCGGCCCUCCAAACUUACUCAUCCGUUUACUAUUAGACGACGGAGAGUUCUGGGUGCAAGCUAUUUUGAGGCCGGAGUUCCACCAUUUAGUGUUGGGGUAUGAUUUUGAUGAGUGGGCUUCUGAUUCUGAUUCUGAGCCUGAGGAUGAUUUGGAGGAGGGGGAGGGAGCCAAGGAAGAGGAAGAGAGGGAGCAAGAGAUGCAAGAAAAGUGGCAGACAAAAUGGGAGGAGAAAGCGAGAGGGGAGGUGAGGGAGGGGAUAUAUGUUAGGUUGGUGGGGGAGGUGGUGGUGGAGUUUGAGGAGGUUGAUGUUGAUGAUGAACUUCAGCCUCAGCCUCAGCCUCAGCCGAUGAAGAAUGAUCAAGGUGUGAGUAAGGGUCAAGAAAAGGAGAAGGGCUUUAACGAGGUGAACGGGAGGCAGGCCGGAGGGGUCGUAAAGGGGGGAGUAAAAGAAAGAGGGGAAAGGAUGCAUAUAUAUGACGAUGGGAUUGGUGAUCCGGAAAAGAUGGAGAAGUUGAAGAGGGAGGCUAUGGAGCGGAAAUGGCUGGGGAAGGGGAAAGAAGACGAGGGACUGGCGAAGGUUGAAAAUGCUGGGGCGAAAACCGAGGUGGAAAACCCAAAGACAGGAAAGAUGGUCUGUCUGGUAGUGGGCCACAUGGUUCCGGUUGGAUGGGACAGGAAGUACAUGAGGGAGAUGAAGAAAGCACAACUCAAGGCUAUGGAGGAGGAGCUGGGUCCAGACUCGGAAGUUUCAUCAACAACCGGCGAUGAGAUGGAUGUGGAUACGAAAGACGAUAAGUCGAAGAAGAAGAAGAAGGAGCCUGUAAAGCAAAAGCCUUGGUGGAUGGAGACUGGAUAUAGGGCGGAAUUGGAGGAGAAGAGGAAGAGAGAAGCGCAAAAGCUGGCAAAGGAGGUAAAGGAGAGGGAGCAUAUCUCGGACCAGAAAUUGCAGAAUGCGGCCGUCACUGAGAACAAGCGCCCGGAUCCCAGAAAAGUCCUUCCGCCAGAGUGGGCAAAUCUCUCAAUCUUUGAGGUGGACAGACUCCUCAAGGAAUGGGACAAACAGAACAAGCCAAAAGAGCCAAAGCCGCCAAAGCCACCGAAACCCGUCAAGAAGCCUAUCAUCACUGCGAGACAGGCGCCGCAGUUUCGAUCGUCCAUCACUGCGCAGGAAAUCUUCCAGCUGCAGAAUCCCGAUCGAAAACCACCCACAAAGGCACCUGGACCCGUUUACUUGGCAGCUGAAGCUAGGGCACUUCGGGGACCUCAAGAGGUUCGUCAAGCUGCUAUUGAAAACAAUCAGCAGAUUCAGAGGAAGAUUAAAGAGCUUCCACCAAGGCCCCAACCGCGACCGCAGCAGGAACCGGGGCCUCGACCUCAUCUCCAACCUCAUCCAUUGUUACAGCCGCCUCAGGCUCGGCCUCAGGCUCGGCCGCAGGCACAGGUACAACCUCAUCCACAACCUCAGCCUCAACUGCGACCUCAACCUCAGCUUCAACCUCAACCACCUCGACCUCAACCCCAACCCCAACUACCACCGCAGCCUCCAGCCCGGCCACACUUCCAACCGCAAGCACAAGCUCGGCCACAGUUCUUACAGCAGCAACCACCACCAAAACCUCAACCACAACCACAACCACAAGCUCAACCUCAACACCCACCUCGUCUUCCCCCUCAACCUCCCCUCCCCCCUCCCAAACCCAACCCGCACCUAGCCACCGACCCCACCGUCCCCCUCAAACUCUGCUCCCUCCGCCAAAUCCCGCACCUCCCCUACGCCCAAAACUGGAUGGUCAACGUCCUCGCAGUAAUCGUCUCCAUCUCCGACGUCGAGCCCUCGCCAAUGCCACCCACCUACACGCAACGCAUCGUCCGGCUAGCCGACCAGUCCACUUCCAAGCUCGUGCUGUUAAACGUGUUUUUGGAUGCGGAGGAGUUUAAUCCUAGGCCGGGGGAGGUGGUGCUGUUGAUGGGAGUCAAGAAUCAUCGGUUUGAGGGUGGGUGUUUGAAGAAGUAUUGGAGUGAUCGGCCGCCGGAGGGGUGUAAGGUGGGGUGGUGGGUGGGGGAGGAGGUGUUGGGGGGUUUGGAGUGGUGUAGGGGGGUGGUGGAUGGGUUGAGGGGGUGGUGGAGGGAGAGGGAGGAGAGGGAGAGGGAAAGGGAGGAGGAAGGGGAG